AAAUCCUAACGCUCUCAUAACUGUGUUUUACAUUUAGUGGACCAUCAAAAUGGCAUGGGAUAAGCUGAACCUUUUACUAAUUGACUGGUUUAUUUAAGCAAAGCUUGGUCCUGAUAUAUUUAACCAACAGAAAUAGUGCUAAUAAGAUUAUCCGGUGAAGUAAUUUUUAAUGAAGUGGGAAUAAAAGUGGAUAGCAAGAAACAAACAAAAAACAGGUGGAAAAAAAUACAACACAACCUUCUUGUCUCCCCUAACAUCUACAUGCUUUACAGCUGUCUGUUCCUUUCAUCUUGGGGUGAUGUUAAUCUUCUGUUUAUUUUGCUACCAUAAAUCCAAGUACAGGUAGUUCACUCAGACAUAGCCCUCUAAAAGCUGGUCUAUGCCUGUUCUUUCUCGUCUCAAAAAUAAGGGAAAGAAAGUGUGUGUGUUUGUGUCCAGUUGGUGGUGUUAGUGGUUAAAAAGCAAGCUGGGACUUCCUCUUUGAACAGUUGUCUUUUCCCCUUAGACGAGGGAGAACUUAUUUAGUUUGAGACUGAAUACUGCUGAAACCAAGCCACGUACCGAAGAGAGGGUAUGAUGGCUAAGAAGCCCCCUAAACCAGCCCCUCGCAGGAUCUUCCAGGAAAGGUUGAAGAUUACUGCUCUUCCCCUGUACUUUGAAGGUUUUUUAUUAGUCAAGAGGCCAGAAUACCAGGACUUUAAACAUUAUUGGACAGAGUUGAGAGGAACUACACUUUUCUUUUAUACUGACAAAAAAAGUACAAUAUAUAUUGACAAAUUAGACAUAAUAGAUCUUACAUGCCUUACUGAUCAGAAUUCAACUGAAAAGAAUUGUGCAAAAUUCACCCUUGUUUUACCAAAAGAGGAAGUGCAACUGAAGACAGAGAACACAGAAAGUGGAGAAGAAUGGAGAGGCUUCAUUCUUACGGUAACAGAGCUGUCAGUUCCCCAACAUGUGUCACUCCUACCGGGGCAAGUAAUUAGACUGCAUGAAGUCCUAGAGAGAGAAAAGAAAAGGAGAACUGAGACAGAACGGCUACCUAGUACAUCUGUGGAAAAAGAGAAUGAAACAAUUGAAGAUUAUGUGGAUGUACUGAACCCUAUGCCAGCGUGUUUUUAUACUGUGUCCCGGAAAGAAGCAACUGAGAUGCUUGAGAAGAAGCCUUCAUUGGGAAAUAUGAUCCUAAGGCCUGGUAGUGACAGUAGAAACUACUCCAUCACUAUCCGGCAAGAGACAGACAUUCCAAGAAUUAAGCACUACAAAGUGAUGAGCAUAGGAAAAAACUACACUAUUGAACUGGAAAAACCUGUGACACUCCCAAGCCUUUUCAGUGUCAUUGAUUAUUUUGUGAAGGAGACUAGAGGAAAUUUAAGACCAUUUAUAUAUUCAACUGAUGAAAACCUUGGCCAAGAACCCAAGACAGAAGAAAGAAGAGAGAAGCUGAAGAAAAACCUGCAUAGUUCAUGAAAUGAAAGAACUACCUUUAUGUAUCUUGGUAAUUUGUAUUUUCAAAAAGAAGAGAUCACUUUUUAAAGAAAAUUACUUGUAUUCUCCUGAUCCUGAUUUCCAAGUCACUCACCUGGACACCAGAAUUAAACAUUGUAUCAUAUAAUUUCAUGGUCUUAUCAGAAUGAAAAUUCAAUGGAAAACCACAGAAUACGAUAACUGGUAGAUGUACAUAUUCUUGUGCACUGAUAUAAGGUUGAAAACCUAUGGUCCUUUAUAAAUGGAGUUUUUAUUUCCUGGGCUUCAAUUAAAUACAUUUUCUCUAUACAAAUUCCACAGAAGAUACUCUAGUUCUCUAAAAUUCUACUAAUUCCAAAAAAAAAAAAAAACCUCAAUACAUUUCGUUCAGAUCUGACUUUACCAAUUGAUUAGAUAAGAACAGUCAUUCUAACUUUCUAGAUAGAAGUCAGAAACACAUAAAAGGAGAAGCCUUUUUCCAAUAGAAAUACUCUAUGCCACAUUUUUGUUAUUGGAAAUAAACUUUGUACACCUUUAAUUUCUUUGUAUUUCCCUGAUGUUAUUUUGCUAGCUCAAAAUCAAUCCAUACCUGCCUUUUGUAAAAACAUUAGUCUACAAGGAUGACAAAAGUCUACAUAAUAUAACCACUCAUUUCACAAGUAAAGCAGUUUGAGCAUGAUUAUAAUAAUCUACAGCUCCUUUAAAAUACUGAUUCCUCAGCCCCAAACAGAAACCCUUGUGGCAGAGUGGUUAGGAGCUACAGCUGCUAACCAAAAGGUCAGCAGUUUGAAUCCGCCAGGCACCCCUUGGAAACCUUACCAGCAGUUCUACUCUGUCCUAUAGGGUCGCUAUGAGUCGGAAUCAACUCGACAGCAACAAGUUUGGUUCCUGUUUGUUUUGGUCAAGCCCCAAACUAGAUCUGAAUCAAAAUCUCAGGGGCAAUUUUCAUAAAUACAUAUAUACACACACACACAUAUAUACAUACACAUAUGUUGUUGUUAGAUGCCAUUGAGUCAGUUCCAACUCAGAACAAAACCCUGCUUGGUCCUGUACCAUCCUCACAAUCAUUGCCACGUUUGAGCCCUUGUUACAGGCACUGUGUCAAUCCAUCUUGUUGAGGGUCUUCCUCUUUUUUUGCUGACGCUCUAACUUGCCAAUCACGAUGUCCUUCUCCAGGGACUGGUCCCACUUGAUAACAUGUCCAAAGUAUAUGAGACCAAGUCUUGCCAUCCUUUUUUCCAAGGAGCACCCUGACUGUACUUCUUCUAAGACAAAUUUGUUUGUUCUUCUGGCAGUCCAGGAUAUUAUUUUCCAACACCAUAAUUCAAAGGCAUCAAUAAUUCUCUCGUCUUCCUUAUUCAUUGUCCAGCUUUUGCAAGCAUAUGAAGUGACUGAAAAUUUUAUGGCUUGGGUCAGGAGUGCCUUAGUCCUCAAAAUGACAUCUUUGCUUUUCAACACUUUAAUGAGGUCUUGUGCAGCAGAUUUGCCCAAUGCAAUACGUCAUUCGAUUUCCUGACUGCUACUUCUAUGGGCAUUGAUUGUAGAUCCGAGUAAAAUGAAAUCCUUGACAACUUCAAUCUUUUUUCUGUUUAUCAUUAUGUUGCUAACUGGUCCAGUUUUGAGAGUUUUUCUUUAUGUUGAGGUGUAAUUCAUACUGAAGGCUGUAGUAUUUGAUCUACAUCAGUAAGUGCUUCAAGUCCUCUUCACUUUCAGCAAGCAAGGUUGUGUCAUCUGCAUAUCACAGGCUAUUAAUGAGUCUUCCACCAAUCCUGAUUUUGUGUUCUUCGUAUAGUCCAGUUUCUCUGAUUAUUUGCUGAGCAUACAGACUAAAUAAGUAUGGUGAAAGGAUACAACCCUGACAAAUACCUUUCCUGAUUUUAAUGCAUGCAGUAUCCCCCUGUUCUAUUUGAAUGACUGCCUCUUGGUCUGUGUACAGGUUCUGCAUGAGCACAAUUACGUGUUCUGGAAUUCUCAUUCUUCCCAAUGUCACCCAUAAUUUGUUAUGAUCCAGACAGUGGAAUGCCUUUGCAUAUAAACCUCUUUCUGGUAUUCUCUGCUUUCAGUCAAGAUCCAUCUGACAUAGCAAUGAUAUAUCCCUUAUUUCAUGUCCUCUUCUGAAUCUGGGUUGAAUUUCUGGCAGUUCCCUGUCGAUGUACUGCUGCAGCCAUUUUUUAAUUCUUUUCAGCAAAAUUUUAGCUGUGUGUGAUAUUAAUGAUACUGUUCAGUAAUUUCUGCAUUCUGUUGUAUUAUCCUUAUAUGGAAUGGGCACAAAUAUAGACUUAUACCAGUAGGUUGGUCAGGUAGCUAUCUUCCAAAUUUCUUGGUGAGCACCUCAAGCCCUGCAUCGGUUUGUUGAAAUAUCUCAGUCGGUAUUCUGUCAAUUCCUGGAGUCUUGUUUUUUACCAGUGUCUUCCGUGUAUCUUCGAUUUCUUCCUUCAAUACCAUUGGUUCCUAUCACGUUAUCUCUUGAAAUGGUUGUACUUCGACCAAUUCUUUUUGGUACAGUGGCUCUGUGUAUUCCUUCCAACUUCUUUUGAUGCUUCCUGCAUCGCUCAAUAUUUUGCGCAUAAAAUUCUUCAAUAUUGCGACUUGAGGCUUGAAUUUUUCACCGCAGUUCUUUCAGCUUGAGAAAUGCUGAGCAUGUUUUACCCUUUUGGGUUUCUAACUUUCGGGUCUUUGCAUAUUUUGUUAUAAUACUUUGUCUUCUUGAGCUGCCCUUUAAAAUCUUCUGUUCAGCUCUUUUACUUCAUCAUUUCUUCCAUUUACUUUAGCUACUCUAGGUUCAAGGGCAACUUUCAGAGUCUUUUCUGACAUCCAUUUUGGCCUUUUCUUUCUUUCCUUUUUAACGACUUUUUGCUUCUUCAUGUAUGCUGUCCUUGAUGUCAUUUUACAACUUGUCUGGUUGUCAGUCAUUAGUGUUCAAGGUGCCAAAUCUAUUCUUGAGAUGAUCUCCAAAUUCAGGUUGUAUUUUAGUUCUCCUGGACUUGUUUUAAUUUUCUUCAGCUUCAACUUGAACUUGCAUAUUAGCAAUUGAUUGUCUGUUCCACAGUCGACCCUUGGCCUUGUUCUGACUGAUACUGAGCUUUUCCAUCGUAUCUUUCCACAGAUGUAGUUGAUUUGAUUCCUGUGUUUUCCAUCUGGUGAGGUCCAUGUGUAUAGUCGCCACUUAUGUUGUUUAAAAAGGUUACUUGCAAUGAGUAAGUUGUUGGUCUUGCAAAAUUCUAUCAUGUGAUCUGUGUUGUUUCUAUUACCAAGCCUGUAUUUUCCAACUAUAGAUCCUUCUUUCCUUUCCAACUUUGGCAUUCUAAUCACCAGUAAUUAACAAUGCAUUUUCUUUUUUUUACUUUUUAUUGUAGGUUAGAUGGUUUACAGAGCAAACUAGUUUCUCAUUAAACAAUUAGUAUACAUAUUGUUUUGUGACAUUGGUUGCCACCCCCAUGACAUGUGAACACUCUCUUCUCGACCUUGGGUUCCUCAUUACCAGUUUUCUGUCCCUUCCUGCCUGUCAAUGCAUCUUGAUUGCAUGUUUGACUAAUUUCAUACUGCAAAAGUUGGUAGAAAUAUUCAAUUUCCUCAUCUUUGGCACUGGUGGUUGGUGUGUAAAUUUGGUCAUAUUAACUGGUUUUCCUUUUAAGCGUAUGGGUAUUAUUCUAUCACUGACAACACUGUACUUCAGUAAAGAUCUUGAGAUGUUCUUUUGGACAGUGAGUGUGACUCCAUUUCUCUUCAAUUUUUCAUUCCCACACAGCAGAUCAUGAUUGUCUGAUUCAAAAUGUCCAAUACCAAUCCAUUUCAGCUUACUAUUGUCUAGUAUAUUGAUCUUGAUGUGUUCCAUUUCAUUUUGAUGAUUUCCAAAUUUCCUAGAUUCCUACUUCAUACAUUCUACCUGAUUAUUAAUGGAUGUCUGCAAUUGUUUCUUCUCAUUUUCAGUUGUACCAUAUCAGCAAAUGAAGAUCCUGAAAGCUUGACUCCAUACAUGUCAUUAAGGUCUACUCUACUUUGAGGAAGUACAUCUUUCCUAGUCAUAUUUUGAGUGCCUUCCAACCUGAAGGGAUCAUCUUCUGGCACUAUAUCACAAAAUGUUUCGCUGCUAUUCAUAUGGUUUUCACUGGUCAGUUUUUUUUGGAAGUAGAUUGCCAGGUCCUUCUUCCUUGUCUUAGUCUGGAAGCUCUGCCGAAAUUGGUCCACCACAGGUGACCCUGCUGGUAUUUGAAAUAUCAGUGGCAUAGCUUCCAGUAUCACAGCAACACACAAGCUCCCUACCAUAGAAUGACAACCUGACGGAUGUAUAAAGUUGUUUUGUGCCAUUGAGUUGAUUCUCACACUGACCCUGUAUGAUAGCAUAGAUCUGCCCCCAUAGGGUUUCCUACGCUGUAUUCUUUAUGGGAGCAGAUCUCCAGGUCUUUUCUCCCAUGGAGCUACUGAUUGGUUCAAAUUGCUGACCUUUCAGGUAGCAGUUGAGUGUUCAACCAUUGCACUACCAGGCUCCUUCAUAUAUAUAUAGUUAAUGGAACUAUAUAUAUAUAUAUGUAUGUGUGUGUGCAUAUAUAUAUAUUUUCAUCCAAUUCAGGAAUCACUCAACCAGCUGAAGAUUAAAUGAUAUGGCUUAUAUUCUAUUCCUGGUUUUAAUUACUUAGAUGUUUGAUUUUUUUGGUUUCCUCAUGUGUAAAAAUAUGGGAUAAGAAUGGAUUCCUGAGGUUCUCUUAGCUCCAACAUUCUAUUAUUUUAUAAAAAACUGAGGCCCAUAUGUGCAAAGUACUUGUCCAAAUGAAUUCACUUAAUCUACCCAGUAUUCCUUAAGCUGCCAGAUAAGAAAUUCAAAUAUUAGAGGUGGGAGAUGUAGAGAUUAAAAAAAAAAACUGCUCCUUGUAGUGGACAACACAGCCGUGUGAA